AUGGCAACUUCCGGUAACAUUACAACGGCAGGGACAGGUUCACCGUGCGGCGCAUGCAAGUUCCUGAGAAGGAAAUGUUUAUCAGAUUGUAUAUUCGCACCUUACUUCUCAUCCGAGCAGGGAGCAGAAAGAUUCGCAGCUAUUCAUAAGGUGUUUGGAGCCAGCAACGUCUCUAAGCUCUUGCUUAAGGUCCCAAUCCAUGAUCGAUGUGAAGCUGUUGUCACCAUCGCCUACGAAGCUCAGGCUCGUCUUCAUGACCCUGUGUAUGGCUGUGUCUCUCAUAUUUUCUCCCUCCAACAACAGGUAGAUAAACUGAGCGGUCACUAG